AUGACAUCCAUCAUGCUUUCAGAUCUCCAAGAUAUCACUAAACACAAUAUCCAAACAUUCCGCCGUCGCUAUGUAUCGGAAAUUUCGGGCUCUCUAGGCGAUCUGGGGACGUUUCUCCCUAUAGCCAUCGCACUGGCCGUCAACGACACGGUUUCGCUGUCUAGCACACUUAUUUUCUCCGGGAUCUACAAUAUAAUCACCGGGCUCUUCUUCGGAAUACCGCUACCUGUGCAGCCUAUGAAGGCUAUUGGAGCGGUUGCUAUCGCCAGAUCGUUCAGCAAUGGUACCAUCGCAGCCGCGGGGCUUUUUGUCAGCAUAUGCGUAUUGGUAUUCAGUAUCACUGGUCUACUGCACUGGUUUACCAAUGCGAUCCCCAUUCCAGUCAUCAAAGGAAUUCAGGUUGGUGCGGGGCUGUCUCUGAUCAUCGCGGCCGGGGGUAAUAUACUGUCCUCUUUGUCAUGGAUCCAUCCCUCAUGGGCCGAUAAUCGCAUCUGGGCGGUCGCGGCAUUUCUAGCCCUUCUUUGUUCGCAUAUUUAUCGAAAGGUGCCGUAUGCCUUGUUGGUAUUUAUACUGGGUCUGGUCUUUGCGAUCAUCCACACGGCUACCGGCCCGUCGGCCCGUCUGCCAUCGUUCCAACUCUGGCGACCAACUGCUAAUGUACCAGGGCCACACGAGUGGCUCGUAGGUACCAUUGAUGCUGGUAUUGGACAGCUCCCACUCACAACCUUGAACUCAAUUGUGGCAGUUACACAUCUGGCGGGUGAUCUCCUGCCAGAGGUACGCACUCCAUCCACCACCUCAAUCGGAUUCAGCGUGGCCGCUAUGAACCUCGUUGGAUGCUGGUUCGGUGCGAUGCCCGUGUGCCACGGAUCUGGUGGUCUUGCGGCACAAUACCGGUUCGGCGCACGAUCCGGCUCGAGUGUGAUGUGCCUGGGUGUUCUCAAGGUGCUCGUCGGACUCAUUUUCGGAGAGACGCUGGUGGACUUGUUGAAGCGCUUCCCUGCAGCGUUGUUGGGGGUUAUGGUGAUUGCGUCGGGGUUGGAAUUGGUCAGUGUGGGCGAGAGCCUGAACACUUCUGAUGCACGAGAUCUGGCCAACAGUCAGCAUGUGUUGAGUGAAGGCGAAUGUCGGAAGCGCUGGACUGUAAUGAUGGUUACUGUUGGUCUCUUGGUGGGGUUCAAGAACGAUGCUGUUGGGUUUUCGGCUGGGAUGCUGUGCCACUGGGCAUAUGAUCUGCCAGCCAUUAUUGAGAAGGCAAAGGCACGAUGGAGCGAGGGGAGGAUCCGAGUGUAA